UUCUUAUAAAUUUUCCUAUUUCAAAUAAAAUUUUCUCUCCAAAUUUUCUGUCACCAUAGCCAUUGGCUUCAUGGGUAACCAUCACUCCACAACUGGCUAUUCUCGCCUCCAUCCUCCUCCAGAUUCUCUGCGAAAACCUUUGUUAACCCAUGAUAACAAGCUAGAUACUGCCUUUGAAAAGGAAGUUGCUGAUUUGAAUCUGAGGAUUGCAGAACUGGAAACUUUAUUGAGGAAACAAGAAAGGGCCAAUGAGGCAAUCAAGCUGAAGAACACUGAUUUGGAGAAGAAAAUAUUGAAGUUGACAACCACCAUUGAUGAGAUGAAAAGGUCUACUGCAGAAUUUUGGAAGAGAAAUCCUAAUUUGAUCCCUGAUCUUUUUGACAUGGAUCCUCUUUCCAUGGAGACUGGUUCAGAACUGGACAUAAAAAAUCCAAUUAGUGAUCUUUCUUCCAUGGUACCAAUUCAAGAUUUUUCUGAGAUUAAUAAUCCUGUCAAUGAUCUAGUUGGAUGCCUAAUUGUUCUGAUUUUUCUGGUAGCUAUGCUCAUUGGUGUUCUACUAUGAAUUAUGAACUUUAUUUAUUUAUUUAAUCUUUAACUACUUUAUCCAAUGUACUUUCUAUUAUCAACUUGCUUGAUCAAAAUUUAGUUUAGUUGUUAUAGGAACACUCUAUGUUUAUGGACUCAAAGAAUUUAAUACGA